AUGGGGAGUAUUGGCUUCUUAGAUAGUGAUGCACCAUUUUGCCGAAGGUUUGACUUUGAAUCAUCUGGUGUUACAAAUAUCAAUUGGUCCGCAACGCCACUUCAAACUGCGUCGAAUGCUGGGAAUGUACCACUAGUGGAGCUUCUGCUUGAUUUGGGAGCGGAUGUCAAUUCAACAGCGUGCCCUGGGGGUAAGACGGCGCUAUUUGCCGCUGUUGAGGCAGGUCACGCCGAGGUUGUCAAGAUCUUACUUGCCAGAGGCGCUCAGGUUGAUGCUUUCGGUAAUCAUGAGUCCGAGCCGCACGUUACGUGUCUGAUGGCAGCAGUCAGGCGAGGCGAUGCUAUGCUUGUUCAAAUGCUACUAGAAAACGGGGCAGAUCCUGAUUUGUCCAAAAUUCUUAGCGCCGUCAUAGACUCUGGAAACAAUAACGCUCUUAUUUCCCUUGCUCAAGCCGGAAUAGACAUCAACCAAAGAAUCAAAGUGGACUUUUUGAAACUCAAAAACCAACUUCGAUUUACUCCAGCUUCGGAUGGGAUUUUAGGCAUUACGGCUGAGUUGAUUUGUAUCACUCCGCUUGGUUAUGCCGUUGCCCACGGAGGAUGGAUCAAAGGCGCAGUGCCGGAUAUCGCAAUGACGAUGUUGGACCUCGAUGCAGAUCUUAAUGCCAGCUUAUGGGAAGAAUCUUUUGAAUAUCAGUCAUUGUUGCAUUUUGUAAUAAGCCAAUGGAUUGGCAGGCGUAAUUCUUUCUACCAAGGAAUCAAACAUGUCAAAGGGCUUGUUACGCCCAAAUUGAUUGAGAUCCUGUUGAGCAGAGGGGCUCUUCCGGGUGCAUCCGGACAUGGCCUGGAUUCAUCCAAUCAGGCUACGCCACUCCAGUUAAUUGCGUCUGAUGAACCUAAGGAGGGAUGGCCUGAGACGUUUGAAGUUGCCGAAACGCUAUUGAAGGCCGGGGCCGAUGUGAACAGCACGCAAUGUUUAAGUGUUCUUCAACCUCUUGAAGCUGCAGCUUUUAUGGGGAACUUUGACUUGGUGAAGCUGUUGCUAAGUCAUGGGGCCGAUGUCAAAAGCUCGGCUCUCCAGGAGGCAAUUCGUGGCUUCUUCAAAUAUGAUGCUCAACCCGAAGUCAGCAUGGCAGUUGUGAAUUUACUGUUGGAGAAAAAGGCGGAUAUCAACGCUCCACCGUCUUAUGAUGGCAUGGGCAUGACAGCACUCCAAUGGGCAGUUCAUGGGAACUUUCUGCCUUUGGUUCGUCGUUUAAUCAAUCUUGGAGCUGAGAUCAGUGCAGCCUCGCCCGACGCUACAUACGGAGGGACAGCGAUACAGAUUGCAGCAAAGGAUGGCCAUCUUGAAAUAGCAUAUCUAUUGAUUCAUCAUGGCGCAGAUGUCAAUAGAGCAAGCCACAACUUUCCGUAUGAAGAAGAAGAGACAUCUGCAAUAGACCUCGCAGCAAGAGAAGGACGACUCGACAUGGUGCAACUUCUUAUCAAUGAGGGUGCAGAUACACAUCUGCCAGGAAGCAAGAGAUACCGGAGAGCCGAAAGACUUGCUGAGAGAGAGGGGCACGUUGCGGUUGCUGAUCUCCUUAAACACUAUUUUGAAGAUGCAACCUGGGAUUAA